CUCCCCUCCCCCCAAGCCAAGCCAAGCCAAGCCAAGCCAACCAGCACCCCCCCCCCGAGUCCAAUGAGUUCCUGGUGCUAUCACCACAGCAGUCGGGACCACGAUGUCUUUAUAUCUUAUCGAGUCAAGUCCGAGCAGCCGCUUGCCGAUGAGCUGUGCUCGAGCCUGCAGCUCGCCAGCGGCCGUCGCCUUGGAUCGCAAGCACAAGCCGCAAAGGUCUUCCUCGACAAGCGCUGUCUCUCUCCCGGCGAAGUCUUUGUCACCAACUUUCUCUCGGCUCUCGAGAAUACCGCCAACAUCAUCUAUCUCCUGAGUCGACAGUCGCUCGACAUCAUGGUCGACAAUCUGAGCCGGGGGAUAUCCGACAAUGUGCUUGCUGAGAUUGUUCAAGGCCUCGAGCUAUCUGCCCAGAGGCCGCAAAUCAAGCUGUACCCAGUCUGCGUUAUGAGCCAGAAUGACGAUGGAUAUGAUCGCUUCCUGGCGUUCGCCUAUCCCGUGCCUGAGGGCGACAGCUUCCAGCCCAUGCGCGAUGCCCUGCGCGAGCUCUGCACCCGCCAAGUUAUGCACAUCAAUCCUGCGGCCAUCGGUUCCUUUGUGUACUCCUUUCUGAACCUGACCGGUCUCUGUUCCGUUUCGCCUGGUGUGGACGACUCCGGACGCCCAGUGAGCCUUGCUAUCGCAAGUGACGCCCUCGAGCGCGAUGACCUGGCGGACGAAAUCUACAACAAUCUGGCUUGUCGUAGCGGUGUCUGUAUCAUCAGCGGAGCCGGUGGUAUGGGCAAAUCCACCCUCUGCAGGCAGUUCGCCAAGCGGACCUUUGAGCAAGACCGAGUCUACGAGUCAGUCUUCUGGAUCAGCUGCUCUUCCGAGUGGCAAGCUUUCGCCGAUAUGGCUGGUCUGCUGGGCUACACCAGCAGCUCCAGCGACGACGACGAGAGUCAAGAAGCCCACGAGAACGGCACCCAGUCCAAGGAUGUCGUGCUGAAAGCAGCUCGGAAGCUGGGCACCGAGACGCGAUAUCUGCUCAUCAUCGACAACGUCGACGAUAUUGAUGUCGCAAACGAGUGUCUCGGGAAGAUCACCAGGUAUACUGGAGACGUCAUUGUGACGACUCGGUACGAAAGCUUGCCCCAAGGUGCUUUCCUCAACGCCCUUCAGAACUCGACCAGCUCCCGCAGCCAAAACAUUGUGUCGCUCCGGUCGUGGCCGAUGAACACCGCCGAGGGAUACAUUUUGCGUCGGUGCGAAUCGCUCAGUAUGCUCAGCCCCGAAGAAAAGGUCAUCCUUCGCCAGAUCCUUGAGACGCUGGACGGCCUCCCGCUCGUGAUCGAGCAGUUCAUUUCCUACUACCAGACAUUUCAGCCUCCUCUGGAGCUCAUACAGCACAACUUUUCCAAGGUCCUGGCCCACGACGAGCAAAGCAGCGUCGAAAACGCAAAGUCCAAUGUGAAGAAGCUGGUCCAGCUAUCCCUCGACUCGCUCCUCAAGGGCUUUGGAGCCAACGGGCGCGCAGCAGUCGAGCUCUUUGUAGCCUCCGGCUACCUCUUCCCGCAGCUCAUCAGUUUUCCACUUCUGGAGGCGAUUCUCAAGAGCCUGAGGCCCGAUCUCGGAGACAAUGCCUUCGAAAUUGUGGUUCUGAUGAACCAGACGGGUUUGCUGCGAAAGAUCGGCAGCGGAUACUCUGUCCACGGAAUCUACCAAUACGUUGCCCGCGAGCUCAUCGACGACCCCGAGUACAAGCUUUCGAGCAUCCCCGCGAUAGUUGCCGACACUCUCCUCAAGUUGGUAGGCUUCCCGCCCUUCACGCCCAAGCAAAUGGAGUUCGGCACCCAUCUCCUGUUCUAUGCCCAUAUACACAAAGAUCGGCCAUACACUGUCACCAAAAACAUUUACGUCGACCAGACCUCGGCUCAAUUGAUGCUGAGACAACGGUACUACCGCCAGGCCGAGCAAAUCCUUGAGAGCGCCAUCCCCCGCGCGUGCACUUUACUGGAGAGCCGGACCCAUAUCCUGGUCGUCAAGCUUCUUGGAAUCAUGGCCAGCGUUGCUAGCCAGCUCUCCAACUAUGAGAAGUCUCUGAGCUAUCAGAAAGAGUGCCUCGAGUUUUAUAUGAGCGAAGGCACCGACAAGCAGCGCCGGUUUGUGCCACAGAUCCUGAACAGAAUGUCAUGGACGUGUCGGCUUCUCGGUGACUACGAAAGCGCCAUCAAGUACAACAAGGAAGCUCUGUCGCUCAUCGCAUCCCUGACAAACAGCCAGCAGCAUCCGCAAGCGGCCACUGCCAUGGGCAGCCUUGGCACUAUCUACAAGGCACUUGGUCGCUUCGAUGAGGCUCUCCAGUUCAUGGAGGAGUCGCUCAAGAUCAAGAUCAGAGUCUAUGGCACUCGCGACCGCCUCGAAGUCUCACAUGUGCUUUCUGGUCUGGGAAGUUUGUAUCAUAUCCAGGGAAACUUUGUCAAGGCGAAUCAGGUGUUCUCCGAAGCCCUGGCAAUCAUACAAAAGCAUUCAAGCGCAGAUGCAUCCCGCUCGGUCUUUGUGCAACAGUGCGUUGCCGAAUGUCACUUGUCGCAAGGCCGCUACCAGGAAGCCAUGGACACCCUCGUCCAGGCCGAGAAGUCCGUCACCCAGACCUACGGUAGCGGCAGUCCUGGUCUGGCCACGAUAUGGCGAGACAUGGGUAUCCUCUUGCGCGCAUGGGGCCGCUGCUCAGAGGCCUCGGCCUACUUCCAGAAAGCACUGACCUUGCAGAUCGAGUCGCAGGCCACGCGGGAGCAAGUCGAAGUUGCCCGCACGAUGGAUCAGUUCGGCCUCUUGAAGAUUCAACAGCGCGAGUACGAUGCCGCCAAGCAGCUUCUGGAAGAGUCGAUUGAGAUCAAGCGCAGCUGCUUUGGCAACCGCCCGCACUCACUGAUAGCACAGUGCCUCGACUUUCUCGGCAAGCUUGAGUGCGAUCGGGGACAGUGCGAGCAAGCUAUCGAGUAUCACAACGAAGCCCUGAAAACCAACACUCAGUUUUUCGGCAGCUCACAGCAUCCGCUCAUCUCGCAUACCAUCUGCGAUCUGGGCUGGGCGUACAUCGGCCUGGGCCGCUACGACGAAGCCCACCAGAUGUUCAAAGACGCUUACGACUAUCGACUGCACGUAUUUGGGCCUCAGCACUACUACGUGGGUAAGGCGCAGUUUGGUCUCGCCACUGUCGCUCUGAAGCGGCAUCGUCCCGCCGAGGCCCGCGAGCGCUGCUUGAAGGCCCUGGAGAUCCUGGAGGACGUGUACGAGGACCGGCCCAACGAGGACGUGGCCAAGUGCUACAAGCUGCUUGGCGAGAUCCAGCACGCUUGCUAUCAGUACCGCCCGUCGCUCGAGCAUUACCGCCAGGCCCUCCAGAUAUACACACAGCUCAGCGACCCCACUCUAGGUCCCCGUCACGAAGCUCAGGAGCUCGAGGAGGCUAUGUCUGCUGUUAGCGCCGAAAUGGGCUCGCCCACAGGCUACAUUCGCAGCAUCGGCGUGGGCCUGGGCGGAUCGGCCCUGGGUUUGCGACCAGAAGUUACGGUGCUGGCCGUGGGCGCUGUCUGCACAGUCGCUCUCGCCCUGGUGAUGCAGCACUACCGCAUCCGUCGCUAGGAUUGCUCCGUUGUGCACGGAUCCCGGUCAAGCUCUUGUCCGUACCGGUGGUGGGUUAGCGCCGUCCAUUUCGUGGCACCAAAGACUCCCUCCGCUCAAGUUCGAUAUCUUGAAUGCUUCCCCGUUGUCUACUUCCAUGUGCCGCCCCAACUCUCCAUCUAUGACAGUAUGCGGCAUUCAAUGUGUCUCCUCCAGCGGAUGCAUGUUCUCAUCCUCGCUCUCCUUGCUUCAACUUUCGUCCGUCUUCGCUGAUUGUUGCUUUCCAACCAUCCGUU